AUGAAUAACUUACAUCCUCCUGGAUCAACCCCGAGAGUUAAUGAGAAGGUCGAUCAGCGAUGCUUGCGUCAUGGGAGACAUCAACGUAAGCUGCAAGCCUUGCGAGUGGAAGAUGUCGAGAAGCUCGUGAAUGACCGACUUCGAGACUUGAAUAUUGGAGGAGACUUGGAGGAUGCCCUAUGCAAGGAGGUAGACCAAGUAAACUCCUUUCCUUUCACCAAUGAGAUCACGCCAUUCAAAGGGGAUUCCGAUCUCGUGAUUCUCUACCAAUCCAAGGAUGCGCUGAUGUGCAAGGUGUUUGCGAUGACCUUGCGAGGAGCAGCUCAAGAUUGGUUCCAUACCUUACCGUCUGCGUCAAUCAACUGCUUCAGUGAACUGGCUUUCGUCUUCACAAAGGAGUACACUUCCUACCGAAUGAUCAAGCAACAAGUUGACCACCUAUUCAACCUAUGUUAG